AUGGAUGACAUUUAUAUCUCUGCUGGGCCUUCUAAUGGUAAGUUGAUGAGGUAAAAUUUUAGGAGAAGGUUUACGGAGGGAGGACAAGUCUUUAGAAAGUGGGGUGUCUUUUCAGUAUGUUGGUAAUGUCUUUAUUUUGACCAUUUUAUAUUGAUUUAGGCAAAUUUUUGAUGUUAUCCAUGAGAGCCCCAAAAAUGUUGAAAAAAUUUGGCCGCCCUCUCCAAAAGUUAUUGUAAUAUCUACUUUACUGUCUCUUCCACCAUUUAAAUGAAUUUCAGCCCCAUCCUACGCCCCGUCUUUGUCCAUGGACGAUCCUUCCGAGAUGGAGUCGGAUCUGACGAUCCAAACUUUGGCCCGAACUUUUUCCAAUUUUGAACGGAUGCGUCGAAACUCCCAGUUGUGCGACGUGAAAAUCAAAUGUGAGAACUCGUUUUUCUUGGCACACCGAUGCAUUUUGGCCGCGGCAAUUCCGUUUUUCAACGCAAUGUUUAACACCGAGUUCGUGGAGUCGAAAAUGCAGGAAUGUGAGAUAAAUCGUAGGUAAUUUGAGCUGAAAUUGGUGUCCAAAGCUUGUAGAAAUGAAUUUAAAAUACGUCUUCUGUUUUUUACGGAGAUUAAUAAAAAAAAUCAUCGAAAAAUUGAUAAAAAUUGUGAUUUUUUAUAUUUGGUCACCUAAAAUAAUAUAAACUGGAAUUUAUGUCAAAAUAAUUGAAUGAAAAUCAAAAUUAAUGCACGGAUCGCUUUCAGAAAUGUCCUCGGACUCUUUGGAAGCCAUCAUCGACUUCGUUUACACCGGAAAAAUCCAUCUAACCAUCCAAAAUGUGACCGAUCUUCUUGUGGCCGCCGACUAUUUCCAACUCGACAUUCUGAGUGCGGAAUGCGCCAGUUUCCUGGAAGUCAAGAUAACCCACUCAAAUGUGAUGGAGGUCCGACAAAUCGCCCUCAGGCACAAUUGUAAAAAAGCCGUCAAAGCGGCCGAUCGCUUCAUUCAACGACAUUUUGUCGCGCUCUCCGCAACCCGUAGCUUUUUGCGGUUGGACUUGGAAUCGGUCUGCGAAUUCUUCGCUAUGGACGAAUUACAUGUCGAAAGUGAGGAGGAAAUUUAUCAUGCUGCAAUGCGAUGGGUGAAUUAUGAUGAAGAAAGAAAAAAGAGCGCAGCAGAGUGAGUUUUAGUUGUUGAAAUUAAUUUUUGGACCAAAAAAAUUUUCACAUGGAAAGUACUUCUAUGGGGUAUUGAGUUUACAGGUCGAAGCAUAUAGCAAAAAAGUCGCAAAAUUUUUUUGAUUCAGGAUAUGUAAAAAUUAGCUGCCCAAUUUUGGUUUGUAAGGGCGAAAAAAAACCUCAGAACUUUUCUCGCAACACCACGCAAAUGCCUCUUCUUAUAUAUUGGAAUUACUAAUUUUAAUAGGUGUAGUAUUAAUCGAAUUUGAUAUUAUAAGGCUUGUCAAGGUUCCAGGGAUUACAUUAGCUCAAAACAAAGUUUUUGGUUUCUUGACAAGCCUUAAAAUAUCAAAUUUGAUUAACACUACACCUUAAUUAGUAGUUCCAAUGUAAAAAAGAAGCAUUUGCGUGGUGUUGCGAGAAAAGUUCUGAGGAUUUUUUUUUCACCCUUACAAACCAAGAUUGAGCAGCUAAUUUUUACAUAUUCUGAAUCACAAAAGUUUUGUGAUUUUUUUGAUAUAUAUCUCGACGGGUAACCUCAUACCCCACAGAAGUACUUUCCUUGUCAAAAAAAAUUCAAAAAAAAAAUCCUGCUUCAAAAAGUUUCUUUCAGAAUCCUCCGCCACGUCCGCCUCACUUUGCUGGAUAAAGCCUUCCUGAUCGACGAAGUUGCGACCAAUCCAAUUGUCCACGACUCGAUCAGCUGCAGAGACUUGUUCGAUGAAGUGAAGGAAUUCCACUUGGUCCCGGAGAGACGCCCGAAAAUGAUGAAAUUUCGGUUGGAAUCGAGACAUUGCUCGGAAAUCCCGGGAAUUAUCUACGCAUGUGGAGGUUUGGGGAUGAAUACUGACUACAGACCGGCUAGUAAGGUAGGAAAAUGGAGUUUUUUUGUUUGGAGUAAUUUUUGGAUGGGAUGGGAAGUUUUUGAAUUUUUUCGCACCGUGCAAUCAAAAAAAAAUUUUUGCACCGUGCAAUCAAAAAAAAUUUUCGAUUUGCACUGUGCGCCAAGGGUUUUUGGAUGAUUUGCACUGUGCAGUUUGAAGAAUAUUGGACGCUUCGAUAAUUUUUAUCACCAUUUUUUGAUGGAUUUCUUUUUUUUUUUGCACCGUGCAAUGAAAAAAAAUUUUUGUUUGCACUGUGCGAUUUUUGAUGGACUUUUUUUUUUUGCACUGUGCGGCAAGAGUUUUUGGAUGGUUUGCACUGUGCAGUUUGAAGAACUUUGAACGUUUCAAUAUUUUUUAUCACCAUUUUUUGAUGGAUUCCUUUUUUGCACAGUGCACUCGUUCAAUUUUUUGGUGCACUGUGCAAUUUUGUAAUUUUUUAUAAAUUUCUGCACGGUGCGCCGACAAAUUUUUCGGAAACAAAAACCUUUAAUAUUCCCCAAUUUCCAGGCCGAAAUGUACGACCCUCUGGCGAAGAAAUGGAUGCCAGUCAGCUCGAUGAACUCGGUCCGGACCAGGGUUGGAGUGGCCGCUUUCAACGGCAAGCUUUACGUGAUGGGCGGCUAUAAUGGACAGGUUCGGCUGGACCUGGUCGAAGUAUUCGAUCCCAAUCGAAAUCAAUGGACCCAUAGUCAGCCUCUACUGACCAAACGUUCCGCCAUGGCGACUGUAGUAUACAGAGACAAGAUCUAUGUGAUUGGAGGCUUUGAUGGGCAGUCCAUCGCGGAAGUGGAAACGUACUCCCCGAUAACUGGAGAACGACGAUUUAUCUCCCCAAUGCUUUGUCCUAGAUCAGCGGCAGGAGCGGUUGUGUUGAAAGGAUGCAUUUAUGGUGAGUUGGGAUAUUGUAGUAGACAAAAGUUGGAAAAAGUAGAUUUUAUCUGAGAGUAAAAUACGGAAAAGACUUUUAUUAAUUUUUUUGAUGCUGAAUAGGUAUUUACAAACUUUUAGCAGUGAAAUUUUGACUUUAGUUUUGAAUUUUGGUUAAGUCGAAUAUAACACUAGACAAAAAAUUGAAGCGUAAGAGUGGAUUUGAAGUAAAAUACGAGAUAAUUGCCCUUUGUGGUAUAAAUUGGCUUUAUUUAGAGUUUAAGGAGAAAAUAUUUGUUUGCAGCAAAAUUUUGAGGAAUUCUGAUAUUACACUAGGCAAAAAUAUGUCAAAAAUCAGUUAGAUUGAUAAAGAAAAGCACUUCCGAUAAAUUUUUAAAGUGAUUCUGACCGUUUUAUAACAAAAUUUUUCUUUUUUGACGCAGAUUUUUUAACAAAUCGGCGAAAUUAAACUUGACCCCUAGUACAAUAUCGAUUUUAGUGACUGGAGGACACAACAGUUUCGCAAUUUACCCAACAGUGGAGAAAUACGACUUUGCAAAGGCUCAGUGGACCUAUCAAAAGCCAAUGAACAAGGCCCGAUGUCGCCACGCGGCCGUGGUUUACGACGAAAAAAUUUACGCGAUUGGUGGCUACGAUGGGCGGGAAUUCCUCCGGUGCACGGAGGUCUAUGAUCCAGAGACCGACUCGUGGCAGUACGGACCCGAAUUGAACCUCCGCCGAGGCAGAGUCAGCGCCUGCGUGAACGGCAGUGCGAUUUACGCGAUCGGCGGAUAUCUGGGCGAAAUCAAGCACUGCUCCAUGGAAAUCCUGCAAAUGCACCCCGAACCCUUUGACCUAACCGGACGAUACGUCGCCCCGAACAAGAAAAUGACCAAACACGAACUAAUUUGGAGAAUUGGACCCAAAAUGAAACUUCAUGAAGGUGGUGUCAGCAUUGGAGUCAUCCCCAUCUCGCCGAAAAAGCUCUGCCGCAUAAGCCAAUGCGAGGAAGACGAAGAUGAUGUCAUAAGCGCCGUAAAAAGUAUCAGUCUGGACGAUUCCGGAAGCGAGGAUAUACCGAGAUACUCGGAAUAG